AUUUACACAGGUCAUAAGGCAUGUCAGUUUGGUGAUCUGCUCUUAGUAGGAAGUCCUUAAUUAGAAAAUUCCUAGAGAGAGCUGCAGCUCCCGGUGGGUGCUUAUUAAGAUCUCAAGACAAAAAGUAGUUAGUAGAAAAGCUUGAGGAAUGUACAGAGAACUCAGGUUAUGUUAUAAGGCAAGAGUGAAUUGCUGUUAACAUAAAAGAGUGGCAAUCAAGAUGGGAUGCUGGAUUUUCAGUGAAAGUCUGUCAGUCCUGUUAUUACUGGUGUGGCUGGGAUUGAAUUUAUAUCUGUUUAUUGACACAUUCCACUGGUAUGAAGAAGAUGAUGCUUACCUUUAUACACGGGUUAUGCUGGGUUCAACACUGGCUUGGGCGAGAGCUUCUGCGACAUGCCUUAAUUUUAACUGCAUGUUAAUCCUGCUACCAGUCAGUAGAAACCUUAUUUCAUUCAUAAGGGGAACAAGCAUUUGUUGUAGAGGAGCACUGAGGAGACAACUUGACAAAAACCUCACAUUUCAUAAGAUAGUUGCCUAUGGAAUAGCUGUAAAUGCAAUCAUCCAUAUUGUUGCACAUCUGGUCAACAUAGAGCGAUAUCAUAUAAGUCAAUCGAAGGAAGCAGAGGGGUUGCAGAAUAAACUUUCUGGCAUUGGCAAAACACCAAAUGAAAGCUACUUGAACCCAAUUAGAAACUAUGAAGUGAACACAACAACACAGAUACUAACUACCAUAGCUGGAGUAACUGGUGUCAUAAUCACUGUGGCUUUCAUUCUGAUCAUGACUUCAUCCACAGAGAUCAUCAGAAGAUCAUUCUAUGAGGUGUUCUGGUAUACCCAUCACCUAUUCAUGGUUUUCUUUAUUGGUCUGGUUAUCCAUGGUAUGGGUCAGCUCAUCCGAGGUCAGACACCACAGAGUCUGUUGCUGCACAAUGUCACUUAUUGUAAAGAUCACUACUCAGAAUGGGAGAAAGCCACUCAGUGUCCUUUGCCCCUAUUUUCUGGCAGUGAACCUGUGGCUUGGAAAUGGGUUUUAGGUCCUGUGGUAAUAUACAUCUGUGAAAAAAUUGUUAGGUUCUGGAGAUUUCAGCAGGAAGUUGUCAUUACAAAGGUGGUGACUCAUUCCUCUGGAGUCCUUGAGCUCCAUAUGAAGAAAUGUGGCUUUAAAAUGGAGCCUGGCCAGUAUAUAUUUCUACAGUGCCCUUCUGUAUCACAACUGGAGUGGCAUCCUUUCACACUUACCUCAGCUCCUGAGGAGGAAUUCUUCAGUGUGCACAUAAGAGUAGUUGGGGAUUGGACAGGAGCCCUGUUCAAGGCCUGUGGAGCAGAGGAAAAAGUCUUUAAGGAGCCCUGGAAGCUACCAAGACUGGCUGUGGAUGGACCAUUUGGAGCUGCAACUACAGAUGUUUUUCACUAUCGAGUCAGUGUAUGCAUUGCAGCAGGGAUAGGAGUCACUCCGUUCGCCUCGAUUCUAAAAUCCAUAUGGUUUAAGUGCUGUAAUCCUAAUACAGAACUGACGUUGGAGAAGGUUUAUUUCUAUUGGACUUGCCGAGAUGCAUCUGCCUUUGAGUGGUUUGCUGAUCUCCUGUUCUUGCUGGAAACACAAAUGGCUGAGAAAGGGAAAACCCAUUUUCUAAGUUAUCAUAUAUUUCUUACUGGCUGGGAUGAAAAUCAGGCUACUCAUAUAGCUCUACAUGAUGAUGAAAAGAUGGAUGUAAUUACUGGUCUGAGACAGAAGACCUUCUAUGGAAGGCCGAACUGGGACACUGAGUUCAGGCAAAUAGCAGAAAAUCAUCCUAGCAACAGCAUCGGUGUAUUCUUCUGUGGACCCAAAGCUCUCUCCAAGAUCCUUCAAAAGAGGUGCAACUUGUAUUCAUCAGCUGAUCCUAGGGGUGUUCAAUUUCACUAUAACAAGGAAAGUUUCUAAACAGUAUUUUUGAAAUUUUAUAAUUGAUAUCAUUGUACUGUAUGCUUUUUCAAUGAAAUCAGUGGGAGUUAGGGGUCUAAAUAUAGUUGAGGAUCUGGGCCCAAGUGUCUUUAUAAUUCAGGGUUUUUUUAAAAAAUUAAAACUAAAAGCAUGAAAACCCCACAGAAUUUACAUAAGUUAGUAGAAGAUGCAGCUCUGCUCUAUUUUAAAAAAACAACAGCAAAAAUAUAUUAGAUCUGUACUGAGGUGUAAAACACAGUUCAUAAGGAUCAUAUAAUGCAUUUACCCAUCCAUGCAAUAAAACUGUGAAGCAGAAAACAUCCCAAGUGUGUUAGCAGUUGAAUAAGACAAAUGACAAUAUUAUAUAUGUACAAACACAUGGAAAAAUAUUCACUAGAGAAGACAAAACUAUAUAGACAAAUAAACACAUAAGGAUAAAAAUUAUAUCCCAGAGGACUAUAGGAAUAUUUUAUAAAUCUCCUGUUUGGGGAUGGAGUUUGUAUGAACUAAGCUGGGGCUACAAGAUAUAGUUGUAUUAUUAUUGAGUUGAAGACGAUGCAUCUUUAUUUGAAAAUUGUGCAAGUUUUCUGAAAUGUCUGUGAAAUGAUUAAUGUGGUGCAUAUAGUGUAGCGGUAAAGUAAGUGGAGAAUUAGCAUCUCUGCCAGUUCACCUAGAGGCAUUUAUCUUUUUUUUUUCCCUCUGGUGCCAGUGAUGAGCCUCAGGGUAAGCUGACACUUAUUUUUUAACUAUAAAUUAAGCUUCUUUUUUGUGUGUUGAAAAUCUUGAAGGGAAUGAGGAAUGUGUGUAAGCACCAAUACCAGCUGCCAUUGCAUGAAAGAAAGAGGUGACAAUCUCCUGUAGAUUCUGAAUGAUUGUUUUAAUGGGGCUGGAUCUGAGGUAAUAAGUACAAAGAUAUUGUGCUGCCAGAAAAACAGGAUCUGUUCUCCCUUACCUCAUGCAACAAGAUGUAACAUUUAGCUUCUGGCUCAACGUGGCAUCUCUUCACUGCUUUGAUUUAUUCCCACUUUUGCAAAUCACUGUGGUAUGCUACAGGAGAUGCAUUUAGAGCCCUUGUUAUAGUUCAUUGAGUAGCAUCUCUGUUAUCACCACCAGAGGAGAAUUUCACUUGUAUCUGGGCUGAGUGACCUAGAAUAAAAGAAAAACAAUAAUAAUAAUAAUAAAAAGUGGAGAGGUUUGUUAGAUUAGAAUGAAACUGCAUUUAGGUUGAAUUAAAAUCCCUUUAUUAUGAAUAUAAUUUAAAUCAAAAUGGAAACUAGGAAGAUUUGGCUUAGUGCCUUGUUUUGAGUAGCACUGAGCACACAGCAGCCAUAAUAAUGUGAACGUAUAUGUAAUUACUCUAUUAUUGUGUUUAUGUAUGAAAACAUCUGCUGUCAGGGAAAAUGAAACAUGUCUUCAUGGAUUUGUCCAUUCAGCUUCUUCAGUGGGAAGUGUUCACGACUGUGGAGAAAAAUAUUAGUAAAUAAAAUAUAGUCAAAACAGCACAGCCCCUCAUCUCAUGCUGUACUAAUGUUACAGUCAACCAACUAAUCAGAGGCCCAUACCUACAGAUAACUUAUUUGGACCUUACAAUAAAAUUAAUGUUACCAACAGAUUUAUUGUAAGAAUUUAAAUUGUGCACUUGUAUUCACCAACAAGUAUAAUUUAGAAUAUAUGAUUUUACAUGCUCUGUGAUUUUUCCCCCCAAAAAUCCUCUGUGCAAUGGAAACUGUGUAGUGAAAAUUGCCCUGUUUUACACUAAAAGAUGAAACAGGUUCUGCCAAAUUUGCUGCAUUCCAUCAUAUUAUAUACACUGUAUAAUUAUAAGGGAUCCCCUCCAUCUUUCAUUCUGGUAUGAUAAAGUGCUGUAUUUGGGCAAAACCAAAUAUUGUAAACUACAAAAAAG